ACUCGCGACUUCAGACUCCCCCAAACCCCGACCGCCGGCCUGGCGCGCGGCUGCGCCCACCGGCUCUGCGCUGCCGCCGCCACUGCCGCCACUGCCGCCGUCCCGCCGCUUCCCCGGCCUGCGGGCCGCCUGGGCUAGUGCGCGGGCCGGCCUACCUCGGCCCGCGGCCCCCGCGCCCGCCGCCGCCCCGCGCCCCGGCCGGGCGUGAAUGGAGGGCGCCGUGAGCCGUGCCCGCUGCUCGGUGUGACGCGGGCCCCGCGCCCACCAUGUCCUACCCUCAGGGCUACCUGUACCAGGCGCCCGGCUCGCUGGCGCUUUACUCGUGCCCAGCUUACGGCGCGUCGGCACUGGCGGCGCCGCGCAGCGAGGAGCUGGCGCGCUCGGCGUCGGGCUCCGCGUUCAGCCCUUACCCGGGCUCGGCGGCCUUCACCGCGCAGGCGGCCACUGGCUUCGGCAGCCCGCUGCAAUACUCGGCCGACGCCGCCGCAGCCGCCGCGGGCUUCCCGUCCUACAUGGGCGCGCCCUACGACGCGCACACGACUGGAAUGACGGGCGCCAUCAGCUACCAUCCCUAUGGCAGCGCGGCCUACCCAUACCAGCUCAACGACCCAGCCUACCGCAAGAACGCCACGCGGGACGCCACGGCAACGCUCAAGGCCUGGCUCAACGAGCACCGCAAGAACCCCUACCCCACCAAGGGCGAGAAGAUCAUGCUGGCCAUCAUCACCAAGAUGACCCUCACGCAGGUCUCCACCUGGUUCGCCAACGCGCGCCGGCGCCUCAAGAAGGAGAACAAGAUGACCUGGGCCCCGAGGAACAAAAGCGAGGACGAGGACGAGGAGGAGGGUGACGCGGCAAGGAGUAAGGAGAGUCUGGAUAAGGUGCAGGAGGGCACGGAGACAUCCGCAGAGGACGAAGGGAUCAGCCUGCACGUCGACUCGCUCACGGAUCACUCCUGCUCAGCUGAGUCAGAUGGGGAGAAGCUGCCCUGCCGUGCCGGGGACCCGCUGUGCGAAUCCAGCUCAGAGUGCAAGGAUAAGUACGAUGACCUGGAGGACGACGAAGACGACGAGGAGGAGGGCGAGAGGGAUCUGGCGCCGUCCAAGGCCGUGACCUCGUCGCCGCUCACUGGCGUGGAGGCGCCAUUGCUGAGCCCCCCGCCGGAGGCCGCGCCCCGAGGUACUGGCGGCGGAAAGACCCCCCUGGGCAGCCGGACGUCGCCGGGCGCGCCGCAGCCCGCCAGCAAGCCCAAGCUGUGGUCUCUGGCCGAGAUCGCCACGUCGGACCUCAAGCAGCCAAGCGUGGGCCCGGGCUGCGCGCCGCCGGGGGUGCCCGCGGCCGCAGCUCCCGCCUCGUCCGGAGCGCCACCGGGAGGAUCACCAUAUCCCGCGUCGCCGCUUCUUGGCCGCCACCUCUACUACACGUCGCCCUUCUAUGGCAACUACACAAACUACGGGAACUUGAACGCGGCUCUGCAGGGCCAGGGGCUCCUGAGGUACAACGCGGCGGCCUCGGGCCCCGGAGAGGCGCUGCACGGGGCGCCCAAGGCGGCCAGCGACGCGGGCAAGGCAGGCGCGCAUCCGCUGGAGCCCCACUAUCGGCCCCCAGGCGGCAGCUACGAGCCCAAGAAAGAUGCCAGUGAGGGCUGCACCGCGGUUGGUGGGGGCAUCCAGUCCUACCUAUAGAAGGGCCGCCACAGCAAUGCAAGUAGGUGUCACAAUUGCUUUGGAAAAAAAAAAAAAAAAGUCAGCAGGCCAUUCUCUCUUCCCAAGUUCAUAAAUACACAGACGUAAAAAGCCGCUCUCUCACCCGGAACGCAUCUUGUGCCACUGUAAAAGAAGCCACAGAGCACUGUCAGCCCAGACUAACUGAACAACUUUUGUUGGAUAUACGUGAAUUUGUUGGCAUAGUAUAGCUUCCCCAAUGUAUGUGUGACUUUUGAAAACAAUCUUUUUUCUCAGGAUAUCUUGAAUUGAUCACUUCAUUGCCACGGUAUAUAUGCUAUAGGUGUGAUAGGAUUUACUGUAAAAUUUAUUUGUAAAAGAUGUACACAGUAGAAAUAAAACGUGAUUGAAAAACUUGAGUACUUAAAAAGUGGAAACAAAUUUGAUAUUUAUUUUUAUAAUGAUAUAAAGCUUCUAGUAAUUUAUGCAAGUUGUAUUGCAAUGGAAUCUAAACUUUUUGUAAAUAAAUUCUGCCUGGUUUUUAUUUGAACAUUGCUGGUUAUACAAUCUUUGUUGGUUGUUUAACAAUAAUUCUUUACUAAUUUAUAUCUUAAAUUGUAAAUAAAAACAGACUAGACUACA